AUGACGUCGGUGGCUAGAAGACGUGAGCAGGACGAUUCGGGCGAAUACUCGGACGCUUCGCAGGAUAUCGAGCAAAAUAACUCGGGAAACGAAGGUGGUCAACAAUCAGAUUAUGAUUCGCAAGGCAGCGAUUCUGAGCAUUCAGACAAGGAUGGGGAAUCGCAGGAAGCGGAGAAGCAAGUAGAUGAUGAUGAAGACAGGAGUAAUCCUCAAUAUAUUCCAAAAAGGGGAACAUUUUAUGAGCAUGAUGACCGUACAGCAGCUAGUGGUGAGGAAUCAAGCACUGCAGCUCCCGAGACUACGACAGAGAAAAAAGAGGGCCCCGAGACACCAGCAGAUCGACGUCGCGCGCCUCGCAAGUCUGAAACACUGAAUAAAUGGUCGCACGACAAAUACAAUGAGAACGAACAGAUGCCAAAGUCACGUGACGAAUUGGUAUCGAUAUACGGCUACGAUAUACGCAACGAGGACGCACCGCCGCACGCGAGACGCAACAGACGUUACGGACGUGGACCAAACAAAUACACCCGAACUUGGGAAGAUGAAGAGGCAUAUAAGCGACAAGCUAUUCAAGCAGCUCAUAAGAAACCUCCCAGUCCUUCUGACUUUCCAGAAUUGACCGCAGCUAACAAACCUGGAAGGAAGUCUCGCGCUCCAAGACCGCGUUCGAAGUCUCAACCGGCCUCCAACGAGUCUUCAGAAAGCGGGUCGCAACUACGAAGAAACGCAUCUAUAAAGGCGAAGGUUAAACCCACCAGACCGGUCGCAGCAAAAGCCAAACCACCAGCUAAGGAGAAAAUGCCACCGUUGGAAAACCUCACUAUUACUACCUCGGUGGUUAACAAUAAUCAAAACAACCAAUCGGUGCGCAAGGUGAACACCGUGGCGCAGCAGAGACCAGUACCCACUGACUUGGCCAAGAGAAAGCCCGUUACACAGCCGCAGAGCCCGCACGCUAACGCGACUCCGAGACAACAACAGCAGCCAGCAAAUCAACAACAGAAACCGGCUCUGAAUCAACAAACACAGAACCAACAACCGACAGCAGGUGGUGAAAGUCGUGGCGGCAGCAAGAGAUACAGUAGUUUAAGACAACGGCCACUCGCCGAACCAUAUACGCCGCAGCAGGCACAACAACAGCAGCAAGCGCAACAGGCGCAGCAAACGCAACAGGCGCAACAACCGCAACAACAACAGAACCCGCAAUAUAGGCAUCCUGGUGAGUUUGUGUCAGGUGGGAAUCAAAAUCAAACCAACGCUCAACACCAAGGAAGUCCCGUACCGCAAAUACAUCCGCAACAAAUCAUACAUCAGGCUCAGAUGCGCAAUGCAGCAGCAGUGAACCAGCAAGCCCAUGGCCCUUCGCCGCCCCAUCAGCCUGUACCACCGCCACAGCAGCAACAGCACACGCAACAGCAAGUACGCUUGGGAAUGAUGGAGCAGCAGCAGAUAGUGCCGCACGCGCAUCACUCCAUGCACAAUAUGCCGCAAACACACAAUAUAGGCCAAAUUCAAGCACCGCAGGGUUACGCUCCGCCCGCCAUGAUGCCCGCACAGUACAUGCAACAAAGCGGAAGCGGAGCGGUUUACGGUGGCGCAAUGUACCAACCUCCACAAUAUCCUCCACAUCAAAUGUACCCGCAUCAUAACUAUGGAGCUCAAGCUGGUGGAGUGACGUACUACAGUUGUAGUGAACAAGAGCAACCGCCGCGAACCCAGAGACGCCCAACCGCUGCAAUUCCCAUUGUACGACCGGCUGUGCCCGAGAGAGCACCAAACUCGACGGAAAAGGACAAUAUAGACCGCAUAGUUGAAAAUAUGUUCGUGAGAAAACCAUGGCCGGCAACGCACGGUGCCGAUUCGAAAGAUAAAGAGAAAAGUCAAGAACCGCAGAGCAAAGAGUCGUCACAACCGAACAGUUUAACCUCAAGCUCGAUAUCGACGGAUUCAAAGCAGGAGGAUAAAAAAGAUCCGCCCGCGCAAAAGGAACCGCCCGCGCCCAUAGAUGUCCCCUCGAAGGAAGUCCCCGCCCAGAACAGUGAGGAGAACGAACGAAAGGAUAGUAGGGAAGGGGCCUGA